CUGUCCCUUAACAUGAGCAGCAAAUCUGCCAAGUUGAAAGACCUUGUCCAUCGUACCCGAAGGAAAGCUCGUCACGUCGAUAUAAUAUCGACUAUCCCGACGUUUUUCAUCUUACGCAUUACCUAUUUUCUGACCGCGAGCGAUAUCGCCGCACUAUCGUCAACUUGCAAAGGCCUUCGUUUCGCCGUCGUUCCCGUUCUUUUCUCCCACUGCUGGUGGAAGAAGCGAAGGGGGCCUCCCAGCAACUUAUGGCCCUUCAUCAGGCAUCUUCACGUUCAUGCUGAAAGGCUUGAACCUCGUCGCGAAUUCCUCCGUGAUCUCAGUCAGGUCACAUCUUUGCACGUAUCCGGCGAGACCAUCACGUCCGGCCUUGCCUCUAUCUUGACCGCUGCCUCCAACCUCGACACUCUCGAUCUUUCGUGUAUGUCUUGGCGUGGACCCUCGUCCCCUAUCGGAUGUGGAAAUCGGAACAUUUGGCCUGACCAUAAGCUCAUUCCCGCCUUUCCUGAAUUAUCAUCUCGUCCAACCAAAGUCAUAUUUUGCUCGAAGCUCGGACCUGACUACAGACGUCCACACGGACGGGAUUUCUAUCAACCGCGGAUGCUUGCGCAGCGAUUGACCUUCGCGACAUUAUUGCACCAGCUCGACGUUUCGCGCGUCGAAUACCUCGAAGUUGGCUUGGAGGCGCUCUGCCUGCCGUGCGCUGUUGCGUAUACGUGGUCGUCCCUGCGCACGCUCGUGCUCACGGGGUUCUGGAUCCAAGACCCCGUAGCGCUUGAGGACAGAAGAGUGCGUACGCCUCCGUGGAUAUACGAACACAUCCAUCUGGGAACGCUGAUCGCUUCAGCACCCCGCUUGCGCGUCCUACGCGUGCAGUGGCGCCGAGCAGACGAUUGGUGCUCAGAGAGUGAUGACUGGCCACGCCCUGCUCUGUUGUGGCCUGCAGACGAGGAACCCGACGUACCCUUGAUGUCGCUCAGGGAGCUGACUCUGCAUAAUGCGGCCCCAGCGGAUGGCAUCUUCCGGCGUCUGCCCCCGAACCUGCGCACUUUGUCGCUGUUAGAAUGGCCACACUCUGGCUUUGCCACUAGUGCCCGUGGGCUGUGGCACUUCGAGACGUAUGACUUCGAUGAGGACUCUCUCGAUGAUCCUCCGAGUAUCAUCAUGACUGGAAGAAGGCUGAUGAAAGUUCUUGCCAUUGUCCCUCUGCCCCGCCUACGCGAGCUACGUAUUUCGUUCUAUGGACUGGAAGAUAUGCGACUUUUUGACCAUAUUGCAACUGCAUUCCCGCGGCUGCGCGUGCUCGAGAUUCACGCAGAGACAAGCAAAGACUGUCUAUGGAGAAAGGAGCGCCUGGCGGCCUUUGCGAAAGCGCUGGCGCCCUUGAGCCAUCUACGCAUCCUCCGUAUCAAUGCGUUUCGGGAUGUGGUCGAGGACGACCCACCUCCUAGGAACCCAGACGCAGGAAUUUCGGGGGAAGAUAUUAUCUCAGCCUUAUUUGGACCUCUUCACUCGGUCAGAGAGCUAUGGCUACCCUAUUCUUUCACCAAGGGUAUCAAGUUUCACUCCGCCAGACGAGGAUGGGAAGAUCCCUUGAGCGUUCGGCGCGAUGAGAAAGGGGGUGUAUGGCUCGAGCCGAUGGUGGGCUCUACAGAAGAUCCUAGGUUGGAGGAAGAUGACGACGAGUAGGGCUGGGAAACUUGGAGAGAGUGAAAGGAAUGCCUCAAAUACAUCUAAGCCUAAUUCUGCUGUAUGAAAGAGCUCUCUACAUCAUUUCAUCGGUGAUAAGGA